AUGACAUGCCUUUUCUUUCUACAAUCAACCGGACAAGAUCUGUUGGACCAUGGAGCACUUUGCAACAUCAUCAAGGCUGAAAAAGAGAUCCAUCUCAUCAACGUUUUUGCACAGUUAACGCGCGUCAACUACCCUUUGAUCCUGCCUCAUAAACGCAAUUCAUUGCUCUUUGCAUCAGCUUGGUUUGUAAAAUGUGUCGACAAUUCAGAAAGACGCUUGUUCGUCUCCUCGCAACCAGAUGAAAUUAGCCCGAUUAUUUUAUCCUCCACCUCAACAUUACGCUUUCUUUUUCCGUCACGCUUAGACUUACCAGAUGCACUACUCUCACCGGCUUGGGCCGAAAAAGAGUCCAUGUUAUUUUCAGGGUCGUCAAAAUGUUCCGGGAACAAGUCCUAA